AAACAUGGCUGGUCCUUCUCCAGUUGAUAGCUUCUACGCGACUUUUCCGAGACUUAAAUCUGUUCUUUAUCGGAGUACGUCGAUAUUAGCUUUCAUUCUUUUCUUCCUCACAUAUCAAAUGGCCAUUUUGGAAUUCUUAAUCGACGAACAAGAGAAGGGUGUCUGUAUUUCAGCAAAGAACUGUCUGGUAUAUACAAGCGUUGAUGUUCAGCCGCUGAACAAUUCGAGUCUACCGACAAACUCUACCGAGACUAGUACUGACCCUGUGGAGAAAGUUGUACUUAUCCUAGUUACAACACAUACAGUCUGCAUGUUGUUGGGAACUUUGAUCCUAGGACUUGCAGCAGAUGCCAGUGGCAGACUGAAGACUCUCCUUGCUUCUGUUUUUGUGAUUUUUAUAGCAGGGAUAGCAAGUUCUCUUGCUUUUCAUUUUCUUUGGAUAUUUAUUUUCCUGCGAGGUGUGAUUGGAUUUGCAGCAGCUGGCGCCAUUCAAAUCACGUUGAUUCUGGUGGCUGAAUACGUCAGUUCGACUCAUCGACCAACCUUACUGUCAUUUUUUUGGAUUACCACAACUCUGGCCUACAUGUCAGCAGCUGGGCUCGCCUAUGCGCUGCAAAAUAUCCAAAUGUUCAUUCUUGGAAUGACGCUUCCAUUACUACUGACCGUUCUGCUGUGGAAGUUCGCUCCGGAGUCUCCCCGUUGGUUUCUACUCAAUUCCUCCUCCGAUGAAGAAAUAAACGAGGCGCAUGUGCUGUUGGAGCGAGCAGUUGACGAACGUCAAAGGAAAACCUCAAAAUUUAGAGACUGUUUAUCGAUGUGGAGAAAAUUUUAUACCCCACCAAACGUGGAGUCGAACAACCGAUGCUUUGCUUUUCUACGACGCAAGGAUCCUCGAAGAAAAACAAUUGUGUUGGCGUUUGCAUGGUUUUCCUUGGGAAUAUUGUACCGUGGACUGAACAUAAGUUCUAUACAGCUUCUUCCGAAUUUCUAUGCGAACUAUGCAGUGCGAGAAAUUGUCCACCUGCUUGGAGUUGCUUUAUUCUUCUUUAUGGUCACAAGGAUCGGUCGACGUGCAUGCACGGUUCUUUCCAUGAUGUUCGCCGGUGUUUUCUGUUUGCUGUUCUCUCUCGCUUCUCGUGAAUUUUUGAAAGCAGAGCGUCAUGCAGUCACGUUAGUGAUUCAGUUAACAGGCCGUGUAUGUAUGAUGGCUUCCCAGGCUUCGCUCAAUUUAUAUUCCAUUGAAUUGUUCCCGACAGUAGGCAGAUGCUCGGCCGUUUGCUUGGUAUUUAGUUUUGCCUACUUGGGCGAAGCGCUGGCUCCUCUGAUCAUGAAGCUCCAAUUGCAGACUCAAGCCGUAGUGCCGCUCGGUGUGAUGGGACUCCUCUCUCUGACAACUGGUUUUUUAUGUCAAUUUUUUCUUCCAAAAACCAAAGGCAGGGAAAUUGAGACCUUUGAAGAUAGCACGGAAAUUGAUGGUUUAAAAGAGAGGAGUCCAAAAUUUUAUCGAAGAAGAACGACGAAUCGAAGAUCACAGCAAGUUGAAAUGACGGAAAGUACUGAAAACACAGUCAAUGAUGCGAGAUGCGACGAAGACGCGAAACUUCGUCAAAGUUGGGAGGUAUCGUUUGAUCGCGUGUCUCAAACCUCACAUUGGGAGAUGCUGAGUUACGAAGACGCAAAAAGGAAGACUCUAAGCAUCUCUACACAUCAAAGCUUUGCAGAAGAAUCCCAUAUACUGUCUGAGGAAGACAUCGACAAGCUGGCCCUUUAUCUCCAAUCAACAACGUGGAUCUUGGCCUACAGCACAUUUCAACAUGGUAUGAGUCUUAAUACAUUAUAUCACCGGGUCAGAGAAGUUGAAACUCCUGUUCUUCUGGUGGUCGAAGAUAGCAAUGGAUUUGUGUUUGGUGUGUUUUCUCCAGUGGCACCCAGGAUUGGUCCUGACAAAUUCUUUGGCGUUGGGAAAUCAUUUUUAUUCACUUGUAAACCGAAAUACGAGAUCUAUCCAUGCAGUGGAAAGAACAAUUAUUACAUGACAGGAGACAACACAAACCUUGCAUUUGGAUGUAGCGAGGGGAAAUUUGGCUUGUGGCUGGACAGUGAACUUUACCAUGGUAGAAGCACUGCGUGUGAUACUUACAACAGUGAAAUGCUAUCCGCGACAGAGGACUUCAUUUGUAUCGGAGUGGAAGUCUGGGCAUUUGGUUAGGUAUGGUGUGACCAACGCGCCUGCCUCGCCACCGUGUCACGCACAUCGACCGUUUUAGCUACCAUCUCAUCAGAAAUAUAACAAUCACAAUCCCUACACAUCAGAGAGAUACCUUUGGAUGGAUCUUUGAAUCGAUUUGAUCACGCUUUAACAAAAACCAUUUAUUGACCUGCACAACAAAUGGAAAGAAUGUCAGUUUACUUAUAUACGUGUGUUUUCUAAUUAACUACGAAAUAACGCCAAAUGGUAAAGCCAUGAAGCAACUGUCAUUCAAUUAUAUAGAUGAAGAAAUUAGUCAAUAAAAAAUGUUAUUAUCGCGAUUUAUAUCAUGUAAAAAUGACCAGAAAAUCCUCAAGAAAUAUUCAAUAAUUAUUCUCAAUUAGAUUUAAGCUCACGGAGAUUUCCUUUUUAAGAGUUCGAUUGAUUCCGCGCGCGCAAAUUGAUAAGCUAAGUAUGUAACGUAGCCUGCGGACUAGCUCGUCUCUCGGAGAGAUGCUCCGAAGAUGCUCGGAACAUGCUCGUGCAAUGGCGCCAAUGAGAGCCUGGUCGUAGACUAUUUGUUAACGGUCUGCAGAAUAUAUAUAUCUGAAUGAACCGAUAAUUCUCUUCGUUUCGGUUCCACUUUUAGGGUUAACCCUUUAACUCCCAUGAAUGACCAAGACAGAUUAUAAGUUGAUCCAGUACCAAAUUCUCCAAACUAACAUCACAAGAACUGUAUGGCAGACAGUAAGGAGAAUUACUAGUGAGAUCUUGAAAGUUAUAGGGUUAAGUCCUCUUUAUAACGUGUAGCACGCGUGUAGUAGCAGUAUUUUUGCAGAAAUGCGGUACAAACGUGAUGAAAUACAAAUUAUACAGAUGUUACAUAAUUUAAAGUAUCAAAAUAAAUCGUUUAUCAAUUAAUUUUAAUAUCAGAGAGAUUUGAAAUAAAUGAGAAAAUACAUCUAUCAUGAAAAAAAAUUGUAAAUAGUUUGUCAUUAUUGUGAGUAAGAUUUAUGAUGAUCUAAAGAAUUACACAGUUGAACAUUCUCAGAUUAUUACAGACGAGCUGAUUCUUUGGCAAUAAACCAACAACCAUAGAAUAGGAAGAAUGCUUAAUUAAUGCAAAUAUGAUUAAUUCCUUUCCAAGGCAAUGUAAAACUCUGUGAAAUACUUAUUUUGUAUUUAAUGACGUUACAAAAGCAAAGGAAGUUUAUAUAAAAAAAAGUGUAUGCUUUUUAACAUUCAAAUUAUAAAAAAGUGCAUUUCUUUAGUAAACAGGUAAUGAGGAGAAAAAAAACAAAAACUAACUGCUUCUUGAGGAGUAUUGUCGCCUACCACGGAGCACUAUUUUCUUGAUGCAAUA